CAGGCCACAACCAACAAGACGAGACAGACCCCUCGAUCGGUGCCCCAGCUAUCAGUGCGCUGGCUCGGCAUCCCGGGCCGCCAUGGCGCGACGACCAUCCCCGUCAACGCCUCUCCUCGCCGCCGUGCUUCUCCUGCUCGCCCCGCUGCUCCCAGCACGAGAGCUCGGUGGUUCCAGCGAGCAGCACGUCGUCCGCUCGCCGUUGACGUUACCAGCAAGCGACGGCGACGGCGACGGCGCGGUGGUCACUCCGGAGCUCGGCGCGCUGCUGCCCCUGCCCGGCGUGAGCAGGCCGGGAGGGCGCGCGCCGCCGGCGCCCAAGCCUAGUUACGGGCCGCAGCCGCUGCGCGAGACAUCGUCGUCAUCGCGCGGCCUCGGCAUGUUCCCCUUCCCCGGUGUGUCAGGGAGGCAGGGGCUCGCGCCGCCGUCGCCCGAGGGGAACGCGCCGCCCCACUACGGCCGCUCGGGUCCGGCCGCCGCGGACGCGCGCGGCGCGCUCCGCGUGUUCCGGGACGCACUCGCCCGGUACGUGGUCGGCGCCCUCGUCCGGUGAUCUUGUCUGCACGCCGGCGGUGUGCCGGGGCGAGCUUAUAUAUGCACGUGCGCGCGUGGCAGGACUGAGAAGCUUCGUGUGGAUCGCACAGGUUGUAAGUUUGUAAACGUGCUAGUACGGGUAGUGGUGUUUGUUGCAAGUGGUAUCCUUGACCCUUGUAAUAAGACUAUAGAGAACCCCUAAUAAGUUUUUGUGACAGUGUAGAUAUUGUAUAUAUAUAUAUACUCCUAAUUUGCAUUUGCACGGCA